GUGGUCGUCAUCAACCAUCGAAGGGCUGCGAUUCAGCGCAAGAAAAAUGCUGCUGCGCACUCCAGAGGGUUGGAGUGUCCCUCUUGAAAGUGCCUGCUUUGAAACAUUCUUUGCUUCCUUUUUUACGAACGCUGUACCGAAAGAAGAAAAACCGACAGCUACGGGAAGUCGAAAAGCUCAAGUUGAAGUAGCGGAUCAUAAUGACAUUGGCGCUGCACCACGCCGAUUGGAAGCCCUCGAGAAGGAUGCGUGCGAUAUUAACCGGCUAAGAUAAGUUGAACGAGAAGGCGCAGACGCCAAAGACCAGUCAGGUGUAGAGAAGUCAGAAGAAGGUGAGCCAAAUCCGAAACGUGCUCGCACCAUUGCAAACGAUGAAGCUGAGAGAGCAUCUGCGUCUACCACUACUUUCUUAAGCUCAGCAAAAGAUUGCGGAGCUCUACUUCAACUUCAUCAAAAGACUGCAGGUGCACAUAACAGCAGUCAGAAGAUGUGUAGAACUGGAGAUGAAAUUGUGAUCGAAGGCAUUGCCAUCUUUUUAACUUCACAGAAUGACCUGGAUGCAGCAGCGAGGGAAUAUAAGGCAAAAGUGCGGUCACUAGCCGCGAACUUGCAGAUGCCAGCUUGUUGGGAAUAUCUAUGCGGAAUAAAGCUAAGAAGCCUACUGCUGAGAACUCGCCAUCUACUUUCACUUUUCGUGAUAUUGUCAGCCUAUCAACCACAGAGUUACCGCCUCCUACGGAAAGCAGCGGCGCGCAACAGAGCGGUGGCGCUGCACAACAAGUUGCACCAGAGGCAGACGGUGACGAAGCUGGUUCUCUGAAGGCUGCUCUCGAUGCUUCUCCUCUACGUGAUGCAUCGCCUCGAUGCCCACGCUGUGGCUCGGAUGACGUUAGAUCUCGCCACGUUGUGACGAUAAAGAGUGCUGACUUUGCGAAGGCGGAAAUCUGGGGGUCACGAGCUGACGAUAGGACGGGUCUUGAUCGCGCGCGCUGUUUUAACUGUCAUGAAGAGUGGGACUAUGAAGCUUGAAGACCUACUAAAUAAGUGUAAUUUGGAAAUGACUUCUCCAGUAAACGCUGGAGAUUGAGCAUGGUUUGCAUGACGCUGCGCAUGCCAAUUGCUUAAACAUAGAUCACGCCAUCAUCAUGAUGAUAGUAGCAAAGAGUAGUGGCGCAAGACCGACUCGAUCUUUUGUGUAUAUCGCGUUCUGUAGCAGGCCGACUACAGCUAAAGAAACUCGGCGAUUUGUAUAGUGGCGGUUGGAUGUAGUUGCGCAGUGUUUUUAAGAAGCCCAGAAUAUCACAACCACGACCAUGACCAUCAGAGAACUUCUGGGGAAUGUCUUCCAUCCUCGACCGACGCGGAGGCGUUUUAUUUGUCAUCAUGUCUAGAAGAAAUAUCAGGGUAGCGGCGGCAGCUGUAGCAUGAAUUUUCUUUCUCGCAUUGCUUAUCCUUAUGCUUGGUGCUCCUGUUGGUUCGUGUCGUCGCGGAUGUAUUCACGGGAUGGGUUAGGGGUAGCUCUAAAAUAAGGCAAUUAUGGCGCACGCACACGACGCGUUGAUGCCGCUUAUUCCAGGAGCGCAUGAACAUCUCCACAAAUAGAUGACAGAAAUCGGCAUAGAGAUACUUCUAAUCUAGGUGCUCAUUGCGUCGUGAGGUACCCGUACUUCUCUAGGAACUACAUACGGAGUACAUUGUGUGUGAGAAAGAUCUUGUGCGUGAGAAAGAUGUGGUACCAAUCAUGUUCAGAGAUUGUACAGUGAAUUGAUGGCAUCUCCAAUGUUGAGAUGAGAUAGAUGUUAAAAGAGAAGAUUGUUCAGCUUAAAAUGUAUCAGGUUCUCCCAGUGGUUGUGGUCGUUCAGAGUAUUUGCAGUCUAAUCUUCUGAUCUUCUGUAUCUUCUUCACCACGACUUGAUGGGGGGGGGAUAAUAAAAAAGGGAAUAAAAGAACAAUUAUCAAAUUGAACGAUCUUCUUCCAACAGCACUACCAAACCAUCUGAACAACUCGUAACUCAUUGAAGGCCAUGCAUUAUACUCGAGCCACUUCGAAAGCAUGAACUUUCAGGGACUUAAUUCAAUAUUUC